UGUCUGAAGAGGCUGCAUAUUGAGGAGAAGUCUUGCAGCUCUGCUCUAACAGAAUUUCCAAGCCAGGCAUCUCCAAGGAAAAGGACAGUUCAGCUUCAGGAUUUUCACUGCAUUGCUAUGUUGGGACGUGGCCACUUUGGGAAGGUACUGCUGGCCCAAUACAAGGCAACUGGGAAGCUGUAUGCUAUCAAAGCCUUGAAGAAAAAAGAUAUUAUUAGGAGAGAUGAAAUUGAUAGCUUGAACUGUGAGAAGCGAAUAUUUGAAGUGGUCAAUUCUUCUGAUCAUCCAUUCCUUGUCAACAUGUUUGCAUGUUUCCAGACACCUCAUCAUGCUUGUUUUGUAAUGGAAUAUGCUCCGGGUGGUGAUCUUAUGAUGCGCAUACACGAAGAUGUCUUUCCAGAGCAUAUGGCACAGUUUUAUACAGCCUGUGUAGUCUUGGGGCUCCAGUUCUUGCAUGAGAAGAAAAUAGUUUAUAGGGACCUGAAAUUGGAUAAUCUCCUUUUAGAUGCUGAAGGAUUUGUGAAGAUCGCAGAUUUUGGAUUGUGUAAGGAAGGAAUAGGUUUUGGAGACCGCACAAACACCUUCUGCGGCACCCCUGAAUUUCUGGCUCCAGAAGUCCUGACAGACAUCUCGUACACUCGGGCAGUAGACUGGUGGGGAUUGGGUGUACUCAUUUAUGAGAUGCUGGUUGGUGAGUCACCAUUCCCUGGAGAUGAUGAGGAAGAAGUCUUUGACAGUAUUGUCAAUGAUGAAGUCCGGUAUCCACGAUUCCUUUCAUCUGAGGCACUCUCUAUAAUCCGUAAGCUUCUUCGGAAAUGUCCAGAGCGUAGACUGGGAGCAGGGGAAAAAGAUGCAGAAGAGAUUAAAAUGCAGGCCUUUUUUAAGGAAAUUGAUUGGGACGCCUUGUUUGCCAGGACACUGAAGCCCCCUUUUGUGCCCACUUUAAGAGAUCCAACUGACAUUAGCAACUUUGAUGAAGAGUUUACAUCACAAAAGCCAAUCCUUACUCCUCCAGAGGAGGUUGCUCUCCUAACCCGUAAGGAGCAGACUGUCUUCAAGGACUUUGACUUUGUCUCCAGACAUCUUUUAGAUGUUUAAUUCCUGUGCUGUAAGAAACAUGAACAGAUUGUUACCACCUUGAGAGAGUGUAGAGAGGACUUGGCAUGGGCAGUGGAAAAGUCAACAGAAUUUGUAGAACUGGU